UCGGCGGUGUUGAGGUGCAACACUUCCAACACUUCCGCCAUUUAUGCCAUCAUUCGUCCCAUUCAUUCGUGCACUACAUUCAAGACAUGUCUUCAGAACCACAAAACCAUAAGGAAGUCACUCAUAAGAACAAUGACUCAAAAGUCAGGGAUCGAGGACUCGAAGAGGAAUCUGUUCAGUUGGAAGUCGUUUGUCAUAUCGGGAGGAAUUGUGGCUAUAUUUUUGGUGGCAUUUCUUCAGUUCAAAAGAGAGAAAAUGUUGUCUUUAGAGAAGGAAAGGAGGCGUUCGUUAGGGAAGGCGUCGAUUGGCGGCCACUUCGACCUCAUCGACCAAAAUGGCAAACCCUUCACAUCGAAGGACCUGUUGGGCAAAUGGAUUCUCCUGUACUUCGGGUUCACUCACUGUCCGGACAUAUGUCCGGAUGAGAUCGAGAAGAUGGUGAAAGCCAUUGAAUUGAUAAACAAAAUGCCAAAUAUGGGUGAAAUCAAAUCCGUGUUCAUAACAGUGGAUCCCGACAGAGACUCGAGUGAAGCUGUGAAGGGAUACCUCAAAGAGUUUUCCGAAGACAUAAUAGGUUUGACGGGA